AUUCAAGAUAUCCCCCUUCUGCAAAGCUCAAUUGGAACAAGAGACUUAUAGUCUGAAGGCUGUUGUUGUAUUGCACCCAGCCAGUGUUGUGUUGUGAUUACGUCGUCGUCGUCGCCAACACGAGAGAUACCCUGAGACAAGACGACAACGGUUGGCAGAUCGCUGCCCCUAUUGCCUAGCGUCGCUGGACUCCCACUACACAUUAUACAACAUCACCUUUCAUCUACACCAGACCUAAGGGACCUUCCAGCAUCAACCACACUGCAUUAUACAUAUUAUACCCCAUCCCUCCUUCUUCUCCACCCACGCUGGUAGCUUCUACACAAAUACACACACACACACACACCCACAAUGAGACACUACAUCCAUGACACCUGGCAGGUGUGCGGCCUCGUCUACAUCGACGCGGCCCCUCCAUGCCUGCCGCACCGCCUGCGGCAGGUCGGCCUCGAGGCACACACCACCAUCCUCUCCAAUGCCCAGCGGACCACGUUGAAGCAGACCUUCAUCACACCCUCGAUAUGGUACCGGUCCAUACAAAAUGCUCCUCCACCACCACCGCCGCCACAACAAAAAUACCCAGAGAUCAGGUAUCAGUUCCCACUCCACGACGGCGUCAGCGUCGUCGGCUUCACCGCGACCAUCCACUCCUCGCCAAAACCCCGGGUCAUCCGGGGUGUCGUCCAGGAGAAGGCCGAGGCGCGGCACACGUACACCACCGCCGUGGCCGAGGGCAAAGCCGCGGGCCUGCUCGAGCUGAUCCCCGAGGCGGCCGACGUGUUUGUCACCAAGCUGGGCAACAUCCCGCCGGCCACGCGGGUCGUCGUCGAGGUCACGUACCUGGGCGAGCUCAAGCACGACGCGCAGGUCGACGGCCUGCGGCUGACGAUCCCGAUGGGCGUGGCGCCGCGGUUCGGGAGCUGGCCGGGGGAUCUGGUCGACGUGGAUGUCCCCGUGGUGCGCCCGCAGGACUUCAGUGGCAAUGAUAAAGGAGAUGGCGGGCUCAGGAUCACCGUCGACGCGCAGCUGCCGCCGUCGUCGCAGAUCCAGUCCGUCAGCUCGCCCUCGCACCAGAUCGCCGUGUCCAUCGGCAAGACGUCCAAGUCUGCCUCGACCGACGCCUUGUCCUUCAACCAGGCCUCCGCCUCCCUCGCCCUCACAUCCCUGCCAGCCUCGUCGUCAUCGUUGACGACAAUAACAACACCGUUCCUCGAGAAGGACUUCAUCCUGCACCUGACGGCCAGCAACCUCUCCACCCCACAAGCCGUGCUCGAGAGACACCCGACCAUUCCAAACCAGCACGCCCUCAUGGCGACCCUGGUGCCCAAGUUCACCCUCCCGUCGUCCACCCAGCGCAGGAAGCCAGAAGUCGUCUUCGUGUGCGACCGCAGCGGCAGCAUGGGCGGCAAGAUCCCCAACCUCGUCUCGGCGCUGCGCGUCUUCAUAAAGUCCCUCCCCCAGGGGGUAGCGUUCAACAUUGUCAGCUUCGGCUCCCGGUUCAGCUUCCUGUGGAAGGGACAGCACGGCUGCAGCGGGUCGCGCGCCUACUCGCGCGAGAGCGUCGCGCAGGCCGUGAGCCACGUCGAGACUUUCCAGGCCGACUAUGGCGGCACCGAGAUGUUCUGGCCGCUCGAGGCCGUGUUCAAGGAGUGGCAGAGCACCCGCGAUGCCGACGUCGCUGCUGAUGCCGCCCCCAGGGAUCUCGAGGUCUUCCUGCUCACGGACGGCGAGGUGUGGAACCAGGCCGAGCUGCUGGCCAUGGUGGAGCGCAACGUGCGCGAGAGCGAGGGACACAUCCGCGUCUUCUCCCUCGGCAUCGGGUCCGGGGCGAGCACUUCCCUGAUCGAGGGCGUCGCGCGCGUCGGCAACGGGUUCGCGCAGAGCGUCGUCGACGGCGAGGACAUGAGCGGCAAGGUCGUCCGCAUGGUCAAGGGCGCCAUGUUUGAGCAUGUCCGCGACUACCGGCUCGAGGUCAAAGUCGACUGCGUCUUCCGCCACGAUGAGCGAGACGACGACGGAGAAGCCGCCGCCGCCGGCCAAGAUCUCCCUCUUUGA